AUGCGCGGCCGGGGGAGGCCGGCAGCCCGCAUCCUUCCCCAUCCGGGCCGCCAGGGUCGCGAAGACGACCAAACACUUCCGGGUCCACCUCCAACUCCGCGGCAAGAGCGUCUGUCUUCUCUAGGGAGAACGGCGAGCACGCUGCUGCCCCCUCCUGGCUGCUCGGAAGGCCUCCGGGCUACUCUCCCUGGGACGGGUUUCAAAUGGAACACUGAGAACCCUGGAAAGCAAAUCCCAACAAAAGGACAGGUGUCUGUCCCAAAGUUUGACAAGAUUCCUUGGCUUAGUGAGGCCAGUCUCAUCAACAAGCCAUUAGUGCUCAGCAUUCCCAGAAGGUCUCCUCAGGCCUCUGCUCCUUUCCUGAUUUCAUCCAAGAAGGAGAUGAAUUUACCAUUUUUCUUUCAAGUUCCGGAUGGCUUAGCUAAGGGGAGCAGGAGCUCAAGCCAACCUGUGCUGCUCAGAAACAGGAGGCUAUGUUCCACGUGUCGAAAUAUCAGAAUGCUACAGCCAAGAACUAUGCUCAUCCCAGAUGAUCUGAAACUAUCCUUUGAGAAUUUUAUGACUCAUAGGAUGAUGGGUCUUCACCCACCAAGAGCCGAGAAUGAACCCAAACCACCCCAGGACGACAUCCGGACAGAGAGCAUUCACUACAGACUGCCCAUCAUGGGUCCCCGGACCGCUAUCUUCCAAGACCUGCUCUCAGAUGCCUACAAAACUCUACAGGAGAGAGAGCUCUCUUCCUUGUCCAGGAAGGAGCCAGUCUGCAAGACAGUGAGACGCUGAACGAUCAGAGCUCAUCGAUAAGGGAGACAAGCAGAGAGAGCACCCCCUCACCAAGCUCGUCUCUGACAUGGGGGCUCUUGCCUCAUACUUUCUAAUAGCAUAACUCGGUCAUGCCUUCCUAAGAGUUGUUGGUAUUCUGGCUCUGGCUACUAUGUCCUCCCCACUUCUCCCAAAGGCAUGUCUCCAUUUACAUGAUUAUAAA